GUUUUUUUCCACUUCUUGUAACAACCCCGUAUACUCUUCCCCAGCAAACUCAGUGGUCUCGAAGCCGAGUAACUCUGACUGGUCCAGUGUUAGCUCUUCAACACAACGCGAAAGUAUAUCUGCCACGACGUUCUCGCUUCCUUUCCUGUGUUCGAUGUUGAAGUGAUAUCCCUGGAGUUGCAAUGACCACCGAGCCAGCCGACCCGAAAGGUCUUUUAUGGACAUAAGCCACUUCAAGCUGGCAUGAUCCGUGAUGCACGUAAACGGCAUUCCUGCCACAUACGGCCGGAACUUUCCAAUGGCCAGCAGGGCUGCGAGGCACUCUUUUUGGGUGACGGUGUAGUGCACUUGGUGACAAUUCAUCUUGGCCGAGAAGAACUCUAUGGGUUGCUCCUGGCCGUCUUCAUCCCGCUGGAACAACACUGCACCGACUCCGAUCUGGGAUGCAUCGCACUGGAUGAAAAAGUGCCGCUUGACCAAAACUGUGCCAGCUGUGCUUCUGGACUCAAGAAAAACUUCUUAUUUCCCGUCUUCUUCAAGGAUUCCUUGAGCGGAGCUUCCAACGUCGCGACGUUCUUUAUAAACCGACGGUACCAAACAGCGGUUCCAAGAAAGGCUCUCACUUCCUUCAUGGUCCUUGGCUCAGGCAUCCGCCUAAUAGCUGCUACACGCCCUGGAUCCAUCCGCAAACGUCCUCCACCCACUAUGAAGCCGAGGCAUUCAGCGACUCGGCGAAGAUACUUCAUGGGCGUUCUCAUGUCUGGCGCUAGUAUUAGCAGGUCAUCCAAGUAGACAACUACAUUCGAGCGGAUCUUAGCUGGAAUUACUCGGUCCAUGAGUCUCACCAGCCUCUGUGAUGCGUUACAGUGUCCGAAAGGCCUCACGUGGUAAAGAGGCCGACCAGGAAUCGUAAAGCCUUUGUAUUCUUUGCUGCUCGUGUCCAACUCAAUCUGGCAAAAAGCGAACUUCAAAUCCACUCUGGAAAUUUAGUACAUUUGGUCGAUUCUGGACAGGAUGCCGUCUAUGCUGGGCAACGGGUAAGCAUCUUUGAUGGUCACCUCAUUAAGCUUACGUGCGUCUAAGCAGAACCGGUGUUUACCAGACCUUGACACCACGGUGGUGCGGUUGUUCCAGGGGCUUUUGAUUUCCUCGAUGACUCCGAGCGCUAGCAUCUUGUCGACCUCGUCCUCGACCACCUUCUGCUUCGCGGGAGACAUCGGAUAGGGUCGAUCCUUGAAAACAUCAGCUCAAUAGUGUGCUUCUCCAGACUGGUGGUACCUAAGCCAUCCCUCUCGAAAGUCAAGAACUGCUGCUUGAUCUCCUCUAGCUCUUGUUCCUCGGCUUCGGAAAGCGUCCAGGACUCGGGAUCGGCUAUUUCCUCAUCGUCAUCCUCGACCUCAGCGUAGUGCUCCAUCCUUCGGGAUCGAUGUGGCCUAUAAUUGCUGGGGCCAGUCCGAAUGCUUGCCAAAAAUCCACACCAAAAUAGCUGGCUGCUCCAGGUUAGGACAUAAAUAGAAGAGAAUGUGCUCUGUCCGUCCUCGGUAUUCCACCGGUAGCUUGACCCGUCCUAUAAUUGACCGAUCCUCUCCAGACGCCGUUCGGACUGCUGAUAAGUACUUCUGAACGGGCACAUCCAAUGCCUCAACCAGCUCUCUGCCACCUUUACGAAGCAGACUAACUCUCGCUCCAGUGUCCAACAACCCCGUCAGUUGCUUCGUUAGGACUUGGCCUGCAGUGAAUGGUCUGGGAUCGCGCUGUAAUUCUCUCGGCACUUAGCUCCCUUACACUGUGUGCGAUCGUUGAUUUUUUAUUACAUUAU